ACUUACCUACUCCCUGACCUAAUUGGUAAGAGGUACCUCGUGAAGGCUCAUCUCCCUCGUCCUGGUCGCCAUCGGCUAUCUCCCUCAGCGGUGCAAGCGAAUCUCGGUCGCGAGUUAAUCGCUACGAGCAGCUUACAAUAGCAGCGUACUCGGCACGACGAGCUUACUCGUUACCAGCAGCUUAGACCAGACUUCAAAGGCCGGGCGGUAGCAUCGCAGUGUUACGUGCGUUCGCAAACCUUGUCCGACGCUCUCUCCGUCUCUCUCUUUCUUCCGAAGUGGCGUUGAGUCAAGUCAGAAGUCGUUCGCAACCUUUAGCUGUUGUGCGCUCUCUCUGACUCGCCGUGCGAGUAGUCGUUCAACCCAAAGCUCACACAUUCUAAUCACCGCCGUUCGAGCACUCACCGUGCGUGGCCGACUGUGCGAUCCGAUCCGACCUUGCGACACCCACCGUACGACACCCACCGAGCGACACCUACCGUACGACACCCACCGUGCGAUACCCGCGGUGCUGCCGGGCAGCAUGUCGAUUCGCGGCAUGGUGACGGGCGGCGGCGGGUGCUCCGUGCCGGGCGAGCGGCCGUCCUCUUCGUCCAGCAACCCGCUCGGCGCGCUUGCGGACUCCAUCCUGGGAUCUGCCGCCAAGCAGCAGGAGAGAGUUCGCGAGCUGCCGAGCCUGGCAGGUCCGGGGCAAGCCUCGGGCGGCAACCUGUUUGGUCCGGCGGAAGGUGGGGCUGCAGCGAUGCCACACAUGCCGCUGCCAGGCGCCGACAUGCAGAGCGCCAUGGGGGGACCCAUGGGGCCGUCGCUCCAGGCGCAGCAGUUCCUGUCGUCCUUCCAUGCACCCGGCCCGGCAGCAGCGGCAGCGCCGCCCGACGCUCACCUGGAGGCCGUCUGGAACGAGGCUCGGCACGCCCAGGCCUUGCCGCCAGGCAUGGUGGCAGGCAUGGCACUGCCCGAUGCAGCAGCCGCGGCUCAUUUCCGGGAGUUUGAGCAAAUCUUUGGGGGGAUGUCUCUGGACGGCGGCGCUGCUGCUGCUGCUGCUGCCACUGGUGAUGCUGCCCUGCAGCCGCCUGCAAUCCCCGGCCUUCCCCCCCAGCAGCAGCAGGCGGUGCGCUCUCUGCUCCACUCCUUCUUCGCCUCCACCCAGGCGGGCCGCCCCUUCCACCUGCAGGCGCAUGGGCCCCUGCCCGCGCUGGCGCACCUGUCCCCCGCGGACCAGGCGCGCAUCCGCAACCGCUCCGCCAUCCUGGCGCGCCACAUGUUCGCGCAGCAGGGGGAGGGCUUCGCCUCCGCGCAGGUCGCCGCGCUGCUGCGCUCCCUGGGCGUGGACGACGCGGGGGAGGGCUCUUCUGCGCUCAUGGGCGCGCCUGGGCCGCUGGGGGGAAGGUUUCGGGAGUUUGAAGACUUUUGGAAGGAUGCGGGGGGGGACUGGCAGCAGCAGCAGCGCGUGGGGGAGGAGGCACGGGCGGAGGGGCCACGCAGCGAGGCGGAGCGGGUGGCAGCGAGGCAGCAGACGCAACGCAUCGUGGAGACACUGUCGCAGGACCCCAACCCCAAGUUCCAGCAAUCCAAGUUUCUGCAGUUUGUGUCGAAGAUGAGUCGCGGCGAGCUGAUAGCAGAGGAGGGCGGGGUGAGGGAGGUGUCGCCCGCCGCAGCAGCAGCGGCGGCGGCAGCGGAGCAGUGGGCGAGCGAGUUUGAGAACCUUCACCAGCACGAGCACGUGCACUCGCAUGCCAUCAAGGCGGACGCUGACUGGGCUACCGAGUUUGCUGCUAGGAACGGCUCAUCCACAUCCCUGGACUCACGGGACUGGGCGGACGAGUUUGCGCAGCAGAUGGCGCACGCGCACCCCCACGGGCACGCGCACGACCAGCAGCACACGGAGGGCGAGGGUGUGGUGGAGGACGGCGACCCCAGCGCGUGGCUCGAGUCGUACGAGCGGUACGUGGAGGAGCAGCUGCGGGACGAGCAGCAGCGGCGGGCGGAGUCAUCGUCGUCGCGGUGGCCGUACGCCUUUGCGGACAAGAACCCCUAUGUGGGCCAUGCCGACCCCUUCCACCAGGGGCAGGACCUCUUCAGGCGGGGUCUACUGAGCGAGGCCAUUCUUGCCCUGGAGGCGGAGGUGCUGCGUAACGAGGGCAACGCCGAGGCGUGGCGCCUCCUGGGGGUGUCGCAUGCUGAGAACGACGACGACCGCCAGGCGAUAGCAGCCAUGACACGGGCGCGGGACGCGGAUCCCACCAACCUCGAUGUGCUGCUCGCACUGGGCGUCAGCCACACCAACGAGCUGGAGCAGGCAGAGGCACUGUACCACCUGCGCAGCUGGCUGCAGAACCACCCCAAGUACAAGACGCUCGUGCCGCCCGCGGGGCCUGCCUCCAUGUCACACUCCGAUGUGGUGCAGUUCUACGCAGAGGCAGCCCGCAUGGCACCAGAGGAUGCAGAUCUGCAGGUGGUGCUGGGCGUGCUGUUCAACCUGUCCCAUGAGUACGACCGCGCCAAGGCUGCCUUCCGCAGGGCGCUCACGCUGCGCCCCGCCGACUACUCCCUCUGGAACAAGCUCGGCGCCACGCAGGCCAACAGCGCACAGUCAGCUGAGGCCAUUGAGGCGUACCAGAAGGCUUUGGACUUGAAGCCGAACUAUGUGCGAGCGUGGACGAACAUGGGCAUUGGAUAUGCCAACCAAGGCAAGUAUGAGGAGUCGGCGCGCUACUAUGUGCGCGCGAUUGCCAUGAACCCCACGGCGGAGAAUGCGUGGCAGUACCUGAGAAUCGCUUUAAGCUGUGCUGGAAAUUCGGAGCUACUCCCAGCUUGUGAUGCCCAUGAUGUCGAUGCGCUGCAGAGGGCAUACCCAUUGUAGCUGAAUGCGUAAGGGUUGGUUAAACUACAUAGGGAACUAUAUGAGGGCUUUUUAGUUCAUGGUGUAGCUUUCUUAAAUAUGGGAAGCGACCCGAACCUAUCACUUGGGUUGCGGAGCCUGACCUUGAAACGGUCUUCCCA